AUUAGGGACGGGCGGGGGCUGAGGGAUGAAACGCCCCGUGGUGGCUCCCGGCGCUUCCGGGCUCCAGGGGGGCGGGAUCCCGGGGCUCAGCGGCGCUAACACAAGCCCGAGGCCGCCUCCCCUUUGCCCAGCGCCACCGGAGCCGCUUCAGCGACCUGCGCGCCCGGCUCCCCGCAGCAGCCGCCGCCCAAAGCAAACACCACCUUUGCACUCAACCUAUUCAAAAAGCUGAGUGAAAAUGCCAAUACACAGAACUUAUUCUUUUCUCCUUUGAGUAUCUCCUCUGCUUUGUCCAUGGUUUUUUUGGGUGCAAAAGGUAACACUGCAGCCCAGAUGGCAAAGGUGCUUUCUUUGGACAAAACUGAGGAGAUUCAUGAUGGAUACCAGUCACUUAUUUCUGAGAUUAACAAACCAGGCACUAAUUAUGUGCUUAGGAUUGCCAACCGGCUCUAUGGGGAAAAGACGUUUAAAUUUCUUACAACAUUUAUAGACUCCUGCCAGAAAUUCUACCAUGCAGAGCUAGAACAACUUGACUUCUCUAGAGCUGCAGAAGAUUCCAGAAAACAUAUAAAUGCCUGGGUAGAAGAAAAAACUGAAGGUAAAAUCCAGAAUCUGUUGGCUCAGGGUGUUAUUGAUUCAAUGGCCAGACUAGUCUUGGUGAAUGCCGUCUACUUCAAAGGCAACUGGGCGACCCAAUUCAACAAAGAUCGCACAGUGGAAAGGCAAUUUAAAAUUAACAAGAAUGAGACCAAACCAGUGCAGAUGAUGUUCAAGAAAGCUAAAUUUAACAUGAGCUACAUAGUAGACUUUCAGACCAAAAUCCUUGACCUCCCUUAUGUUGAUAAUGAGACUAGUAUGAUCAUCCUGCUUCCUGAUAAAAUCCAAGAUAAUUCCACUGGCCUGGAACAGCUGGAAAGAGAACUUACCUAUGAGAAAUUUAUAGAGUGGAUAAAUCCAGAAAUGAUGGACUAUAGUGAAGUGGAGGUGUGUUUACCCAGAUUUAAGUUGGAGCAAGCUUAUGAUCUGAAGCCUGUUCUGAAGAGCAUGGGAAUGGCUGAUGCAUUUGACGGAAACAAGGUGGAUUUAUCUGGAAUGUCAGCCGGCAAUGACCUAGUUCUGUCGGAGGUUGUUCACAAGUCCUUUGUGGAGGUAAAUGAAGAAGGCACGGAGGCAGCAGCUGCUACUGCAGCAGUGAUCACUAUGCGAUGUGCACUGAUUGUACCACGGUUCACUGCUGACCAUCCUUUCCUCUUCUUUAUCCGGCACAACAAAACUGGCAACAUUCUGUUCUAUGGCAGAUUUUGUUCCCCCUAAAAAGAAAAAAUGCAGCUAUUAACACAGUAAAGUUAUUUCCAUUUUACUAUCUUGGGAUUUUUUUUUUUUCACUCUAAGCAACAAGCUUUGUAUAGAUGCUGUACAUUACAUGGUGCAACCCUAAACACCCUUCUCUCUUGUGCCUGAAACAGCUUUUUGUAGUCCUCUAUUCAAAUUUAAGCAACAGUCUUUUUUUAAAUAACAGGAUCAUUUAAUAUCUUGUCCAAUUGGUAAGACUUAAAAUGGCAUUUGCCAUAGUUCACUGUAAAGCACCCCUUGUAUCCUGUAUACCUUAAUAAAUGCAGGGUUCCUUAACUUGAGUCCAUCUUUAGCCAUAACUACUUGCUUAAUGCAUCUCUCCAUCUCUGUACAUAUUCCCCUAGAAAUUUGGUUCUCAUACUUGGGGUUUCUUAGCAGCAAGUGGUAAGAUCUCGUGGGGAGAGGAAAACGAAAGAAGACUGACUUCUGACUGACCUCCAAAUGCUUUUUGCAAAUUUCCCUUCUCCCUGUCUCAUUUUCCAGACUGGUUCCUUCCAUGUCUAGCUGUGCAGCCAUCUAACAGAUUUUUAUGAAUGAUGCUAACACAACAGGAAUUGGGGAAUAAUUGAGCAAGUACUUAUUCAAGACAAGGAAUGAAGUCAACUCCACUGAAGUCAGUGGUAAAACUUCUUAUUGACUUCAGUGGGGUCAGAAUUUCACUCUGCAUGUGUCUUAUCACUAGUUAACCCGGGUUAUACUAAUAUUUUUAGCACUUGUGAAAUAGGACAGACCUUUCUAUCUAUAGCAAAGAUUAGUAUAAAAAGCUUCCAGUACACAUACAGAAACUUAAAUGCGAGAGCUCUCAUAUUUGUAUCCUAAUGUAACAAACCAUGAAGGCAAUAUGUAACUCAGCAGUUUGUAUAUCUUUUUUGCUUAGAUUGAUAAUGCUAUAAACUGUCUAGCCAUAGUGGCUUUAUCCAGUGAUUUUGGUAUUGCUGUUUCUGCUCCUUGAACCAACAGUAAAGGAACUGAUGUGAA